AUGGCACAACAAGAACUACCACAGCAGAAUCAAAGAUUUAAUAAUUUAGACAAUUGUACUGAUUCAUUACGUCAAUCAAUCAAAAUAUUACAACAAUCAAAUAAACUAUUAGAUGAAACAUUACAAGAUAGUACUAGAUUAAUUAAAAUAUUAUCCACCAAUAAAGUAUUUGAUUUAAUUCCUGAAUUAGAUUUAAAUGAUGCUAAAUCAAAUUUUACAAGAAAUAUUACACCUCAAUUAAAUCAACAAUUAAAUAAAUUAGAAGAUGAAUUAAUUAGAUUACAAACUAAUAAAACUACUUUAACUAAUAAAUUAAAAUUAAUUAAUGUUCGAUUGAAAAAUUAUCAAAGAAAAAGUAAUGGAAAUGAUCAUGAUGGUGAUGAUGAUGAUGAAGAAGGAGGAGGAGGAAGAGUAAGGGGAAGGAAGAAUUUUAAUAGUAGUGGAUUAAGUGAUGUGGAUAUUGAUAAUUUAUUAAUCAAUAGACAUAAAAAUGGUUAUGAUGCUAAUAAACUUCAUCAAUUACGAUUUUUAAGAGAUAAAAAAACUCGAUUACAAUAUUCUUUAAAUCGAUUAAGUUAA